AUGUGUGGCAUAUGGGCGAUAUUUGGCAGUGAUGAGGAUGUGUUCAAGCAGUGCGCCAGUGCGCUCAGGAUUGGACACCGUGGGCCCGACUGUUUCCGUCUCGAGAACAUCAACCACUUCAAGAACUGCUGCUUCGGCUUCCACCGAUUGGCCAUCGUGGGUGACACCUAUGGCAUGCAGCCAAUGAGAGUCCACAGAUAUCCCCAUAUAUGGUUGUGCUUCAACGGAGAAAUCUACAACUACAGAAGGGUGACAGAGCAGUUUGGGUUCAACAAUGAGACAGGCUGUGACGGUGAGGCCAUCAUCAGUCUCUACAUGCACGGUGGGAUCGAGUUCACUGCCAAACACCUGGAUGGAGUCUUCGCUUUUAUCCUCUUGGACACGCAGCAGAAGAGGGUGUGUCUUGGGCGAGAUACAUACGGGGUGCGACCCAUGUUCCGUCUGCUGAAGGAUGAUGGCUUUCUGGCCGUCUGUUCGGAGGCUAAGGGGUUGAUGGGAUUGAUCCAUGAUGAUGAUGACGACAACAAAGUUGACAUUGAACCGUUCCCGCCGGGUCACUUUGAGGCGUACGACCUCAGUCCCAACGGCAAGGUCACUCUGAGGGAACGUGCCAGGUUCCACAAGAUUGGAGACAUGCCCAAGUACGACGCUCUCGUCAAGCCACAGGAAAAGGAAGACAUUUAUACCAACAUCCGAGUUCUCCUGGAAGGAGCUGUGAAGAAGCGACUGAUCGGAAGCCGUAGGAUCGGGUGUCUGCUAUCAGGUGGUCUGGACUCCAGUCUGAUCUCUGCACUCCUGCUGAAGCAUGCUAAGAAGUCUGGCAUCAUCUACCCUGUCCAGACUUAUGCUGUCGGGAUGGAGGGCAGUCCUGAUGUGGAGGCUGCCAGGACGGUUGCGAAGUACAUCGGCAGUGAGCACCAUGAAGUCUCCUUCACCCCAGAGGAGGGGAUCCGGGCCAUCGAAGACGUCAUCUACAGUCUGGAGAGCUAUGACAUUAUCACUGUCCGGGCAUCUGUAGCUAUGUACCUGUUGUGUCAAUACAUACGCACCAAGACAGACUCUGUCGUCAUUUUCUCCGGGGAGGGAUCUGACGAACUAGCUCAAGGAUACAUCUUCUUCAACAAGGCUCCUUCUGCAGAGGAGGCGGAUGUGGAGAGCCGACGGUUGCUGGAAGACCUGUACCUGUACGACGUCUUGAGGGCGGACAGAAUGCCAAGUGCUCAUGGCCUGGAGCUGCGUGUGCCCUUCCUGGACCACAUGUUCACCGGCUACUACCUGUCCCUGCCGGCCGAGGUGAGACGAGCCAAGGACGGGAUCGAGAAGUACACCCUCCGGAAGGCGUUUGACGGAACGGGCCUCCUGCCCGAUGAGAUCUUGUGGCGCCCGAAGGAGGGAUUCAGCGACGGUGUGUCGUCUGUGAAGAAAUCGUGGUACGAAACCCUCCAGGAAUAUGUGGAAGAGCAGAUCAAUGAUCAGAUGAUGGAAGACGCCCCCAAUACCUUCCCGUUUAACCCUCCACGUACCAAGGAGGCUUACUACUACCGCCAGAUCUUCGAGAAACACUUCCCCAGCAAGUCCAAGUGGAUCCCUUACUACUGGAUGCAACCGUGGAGCAAGAGCGAAGACCCCUCCGCUCGCACACUCAAACACUACAAGCACACCUAG